CCCAAUUUCUGACACACCCAUUUCAGGUUUUGCAGUCUUUACUAAUGAGCACAUAAGUUGAAUCAGGUGUGAUAGAUGAGGGAGACAUACAAAAUGUGCAGGGCUGGGGGUCCUCCAGGACAGGUUUGGGAACCACUGCCUUAAUGUACACGGCUCAUUAGAAAGAAAAAAAAAACAAAAACAAACAAACAAAAAAACCUAAGAAAAACUUAGAAGAAACAUAGUUAUUUCAACAAAAGGGGCUUUCGCACCUGAGGAACCUUUUCAUACUUCCUAGAACUAUUGGCUGAAGUACCCGGAUUUUGCUGUGUUCGCACCGCAGGAACUAGGAACAAUUUUAGUUCUAGGAACUCCUUUUGGGGGAACUAAUGAUGCAUUUCAACCGCAGGAACUUUACCCAGGAACUAGGAACUUUGGGGUGGUACUCAGUGUGUUUCUACCACAGGAACCAGGGUCUAAAUGAAGUUCUGGGUAAAAACAAUUCCCCCUCUAAAAGUACCUGCUCGCUAGGUAGUACUUUUUCAAAGUUCUGGAACUUUCGGGGGUUUGACUUGCACGCUGAACAUGCUGAUUGGUUGAGUUUACGUGGCAUUUUGAUUGGUUGACUCCACGCAGCAUUUUAUUUCAACCAUCGUUUUUUUGAAGUAUGUUGCAGUAAGAGUUGUUUGCUAUUCGAAUCAACAAUGGAGUUUAAAAAAUACGACCGAUGGACUGACAAUGAGGUUCAGGCUUUAUUAAGCUUAUAUGCAGAGGACGAAAUCCAGUGGGAACUAGAAAGUCGCGCGCAUGCAACCAGGAACAUGGCCCGGGGGAGAAAUUAGUUGUCAGGAAACUAUCCGAGUGGCUAGAUCCUAUAACUGAGUUCUUAGAACUAUUUGGUGCGAAAGCCCCUAAAAAUACAUCAAAUGUAAAGUGUCACGCAAGGAAUUCUGGGAAUGUCAAUUUACUUUUUUUAUUUUAUACAAUGACUUGUUCUUUUUCACUUCCAAAAAACUGUAAAUUUAAUGGUAUUUUACUGUAAAAUGACAUUAAAUGUAUGGUUAGAUCUAAUACAGUUAUUCACCGUAUAUAGUAGGCUAUGGAAACUGUUAACCAAUUAACAGUUUUUCACUGUAUCAUUUUUACAGUCUUUUACUGUUAAAAUCACAAUCAUUUUUUACAGUGCACAAACUCACACUGAUUUGAUAGGUAGAUAUACAGACAGACAGACAGACAGACAGAUAGAUAGAUAGAUAGAUAACAUAACUUGCUGAACUGCAAUUUCAUAUAUCUGAUCUGCUAAGCAUUCAGCAACACGAUGGAUAGAAUAGUUUGGUGCGAUCAACAUACCUGCCAUCAGAAACACAACAGUCCUACAAAAAAAGAGUAUGUUUUUUUACAACAAGAAUCAAGGCAACAUAAAAUUGAAAUCACAUAGGCCUAUUUCAUUUAAAUGCUUCCAGACCAAAAUAAUUGAAAGAAUAAUUAGAUUUGGAAAAAAAAAAAAGCUUUAUGUAUAAUUGAAACACUGCUCGAUGCAGAUAUGAACAUGAAAGGGAGAGUGUCCACGGCUUAGAGCUUGAUAAUUGAUCCAUUGUAAUUCUGCUCGUGACCGACAGAGCUUACGGGAGCUGUCCACCGGUGUGUGGUGCUGAAAGACAUCACAUAUACUUAACCAAACAAUUAAAGGACAUUUCUGUUCUCAUAUUCAACCGCAAGAAAUAUCCUUUAAUUGUAAGAGUAAGAAUAUAAUGUUUCGUCUCUGCUGAUGAAGUCUUCAGUGAUGUGGAUGAAUAAAGUGAGUCCAGAGCUUCUCAUCAUCUGUUUCUCUGAAGUUCAUUUUCUUCAAUUCACUUUCCGCUCUCCACAAAUCUUCCUCCCAUUCUUUUACACUACUUAAAGUCCAUUUUAAAAAGCUAUAUUGAAGCCUCAAAUUAAAGUUUAAAGAAAAAGAGAAAAAAUACAUAUAUGAAAUCAAUGCAUUCUGUUAAAAUACUGCACAUACCGUCUUACACUAUAAAAAGUGAAGAACUAUUAUGCUAUAUUUACCUUAAGAAGCUAUUUCUACCUGAUCUCGUAAAAAUCACUUUCGGUUACCUAAUACAAUGCAAUUAAAUAUUGGUUUGGCUCGAACAAAAUCAGUUACUUUAUCUUACAACCUGACAAACCUUUAUAUACAGUGAUACAUUUAAAUUGCAGCAUAUGUAUUGCAAGAAAUACACAGAAAAAUGCUAUAUCAUGAAAAUGGCAGUAUGUCGUACACGAGUCCACAGUUCCAGUCUUCAUCGGUAAGAUCGUCUCCGGAACACGUCCUCACAAUAACUGAACACCGUGUCUGAAUGAAACCAUGUUCACAGGGAGAAAUGCGCCUUAUGUGGAGAAUUUCCACGGACUUUCCGCUCCGUCUCGCGCCGCGGGAAGGUCGAUUCCUCUUCGUGACAUUGCACAGCGACUAUCUGUACUUCAUCAUCCAGUAAUAAAAGCGUGAAUGAAUCGAAAGCACGCUUUAACACUCAAAAGAAAGUUAUCGUUUCCUUCUUUGCGAGACGAAUCACUGAGAGACCAUCUCCACAUUCAUUUCUCCCAUAUAGAAAUCUCUGUGAAUAUACUACCGCGUCGUCAUUGACAGCUACAUGUAUGUUUACUAACUGUAAUUCAUCGACCAGUAAAAUCAUCGAUCAAAACAGAGAAUGAAUCAACAGCACACUUAAACACUCAAAAGAAAGUUACCGCUUCGUUCGAUGACUCUGUGAACCGCCGGCUUUCCACAUUUCUCUCCCCACGUUCGCUUUUCCCAUGUUUUCACGGGUGGAAAUCUAUGUAAACGCGUUCUUGCAGAGGGGUCUCGUUCCUAAAAGUUGAACUGUUUUAACUCGAAAACGCUACGGUUAUUUGCGAAAGGUGGCGAGACGCGAUGCAACAAUGUCAAUAUGAUGCAUUGUUACAGAGAUAAACAAUUAAAUGAAACUACACAGACGGAACGCAAAAACGGUAACGUCCUCUUAAGGCAGCUGCAUGUAUGUUUAGCGUUGUCUUCUCCGGCUUCGCGCCGAAUUCCAUCUCUUCGCGCGCGCGCUCGCUCGCUCUCUGGAACGAGCGAACAAGCUAGCGAGCGCGCGCGCGCGGGGGUGUCCCUCCUCCGCAGUUUGGAGUUUGUGAUGUGUCUCAGACUCCGCGAGCGCCGCGCGAGAGCGAGACCUGCGGAGAGAACGCGCCGGAUCCUGAAGCGACCGUUACCCUCCAACAGGCGACCUGUCUUUCUCCUUCCUGAUUCCCCCGUAUUCCCUCACAGUGUUUCUCACAUUUUAGCGCUUUCCUUCAGCGCCGCCACACUUUUUGGUUAAUCACAGGUGUAUUUGUGAUCCUUUGACGUACUUUUCUCAUUCAUUGGGAAUUAACUGACAUCUGAGGAUCGUGUGGAUGCGCGGCUUUGGAGAGAAGCGGAGAUGGAAUUGCUGAUAAUAUGCCUUUCUUUUGGGAUAUUGCAAUGCAGUUCGGUGGGAGCCGACUCCAUCAUUCACAUCGGUGCCAUUUUUGAGGAGAACGCAGCACGGGAUGAUGAGGUGUUUCAGUUGGCGAUCUCUGACCUCAGCCUCAACGAUGACAUUUUGCAGAGCGAGAAAAUCACCCACUCCAUAAAAUAUAUUGAACCCAACAACCCCUUUCAGGCAGUCCAGGAAGCAUGUGAGCUGAUGACGCAAGGGAUCCUGGCUUUGGUCACGUCUACAGGCUGUGCCUCGGCCAGUGCUCUACAGUCCCUGACAGAUGCCAUGCACAUACCACACCUUUAUGUCCAGCGAAACGCUGAGGGAUCACCCCGUACCGCAUGCCAACUCAAUCCAAGUCCUGAUGGAGAGCGAUACACCCUCGCAGCACGGCCGCCUGUCCGUCUAAGUGAUGUCAUGUUGACGCUAGUUGGUGAGCUGCGCUGGCAGAAGUUCAUCGUCUUCUAUGACAGUGACUAUGAUAUCCGUGGACUGCAGGUCUUUCUGGACCAAACAUCAAGACAAGGUUUAGAUGUGUCUCUGCAGCGAGUGGAUAGGAAUAUCAGCGGCGUGUUUUCCAGUUUGUUCACCUCCAUGCGCACAGAGGAACUCAACCGCUACAGGGAUACUCUCAGAAGAGCUAUUCUGCUCUUGAGCCCACGUGGAGCCCAGGUCUUCAUCCAUCAGGCCGUGGAGACUAACCUGGCCUCCAAAGACAGUCACUGGGUGUUUGUGAAUGAGGAGAUCAGUGACACUGAGAUUAUGGAGUUGGCCCACAGUUCCUUGGGAAGGAUGACCGUCGUCAGGCAGAUUUUCCCUCUCUGGAGAGACAGCAGUGUGAGCUGUAUGAGGAACAACCACCGCAUCUCCUCACUGCUCUGCGACCCUCAGGAGGGAUACCUGCAGUCGCUGGAGGUGUCCAAUCUUUACCUUUAUGACAGCGUGUUGAUGUUGGCCAACGCAUUCUAUCGAAAAUUAGAAGACCGGAAGUGGCACAGCAUGGCCAGCCUCAACUGCAUCAGAAAGUCAACCAAGCCCUGGAAUGGAGGCUGGUCUAUGCUGGAGACGAUCCAAAAGGGCCGUAUAACUGGUCUCACUGGAAUUAUGGACUUCAUGGACAAUGGAUCAAAUUCCCACGUUCAGUUUGAGAUUUUGGGGACCAGCUUCAGCGAGACGUUUGGAAAAGACAUAAAGCGCUUGGCUACAUGGGAUUCUGUCCAUGGCCUCAAUGGAAGUCUCAAGGAAAGUCGUAUUGAGAAUGGCAUGCAAGGGGUUACUGUGAAAGUAGUGACGUUGUUGGAGGAUCCAUUUGUGAUGGUGGCAGAGAACAUCCUUGGUCAGCCCAAAAGAUAUAAAGGGUUCUCAAUUGAUGUCCUGGAUGCCUUGGCCAAGAUCUUAGGAUUCAAGUACGAUAUCUACCAGGUGUCAGACAGCAAAUAUGGUUCUCAGCUGAGCAAUGGCUCUUGGAAUGGAAUGAUUGGUGAACUCAUAAACAAGGCAACUGAUUUGGCAGUUUCUGCCAUUACUAUAACACCAGAGCGGGAGAACGUAGUGGACUUCAGCAAACGCUACAUGGACUACUCUGUAGGGAUCCUACAUCGCAAACCAGAGGAAAAGAUCAACAUUUUUUCCCUCUUUGCCCCUUUUGACUUGGCUGUGUGGGCCUGUAUCGCAGCUGCCAUUCCUGUGGUGGGUGUUCUGAUCUUCCUGCUGACACGGAUGCAGAUGCUCCGCUCCCAGAAUCCUCCAGGAGCCCAUCACGCUUCAUCCAUGUCUAACUCAUUGCAUAGUGCUAUAUGGAUUGUCUAUGGAGCCUUUGUACAACAAGGUGGAGAUUCCGUGGUGGGGUCUGUGGCAUUGAGGAUAGUUAUGGGCAGUUGGUGGUUGUUCACAUUGAUUGUGUGUUCAUCUUACACUGCUAACCUGGCUGCGUUCCUAACUGUGUCCCGCAUGGACAACACUAUAAGAACAUUUCAGGAUCUUGCCAGGCAGAUGGACUUUACCUACGGCACUGUUAGGGAUUCGGCAGUAUACGAUUACUUCAGAGCCAAAGGCACAAAUCCAUUGGAGCAGGACAGCACAUAUGCAGAGCUGUGGAGGACCAUCAGCAAAAACAAUGGACAGGACUUCUCAGUUUCUAGCCCUUCUGAAGGCAUACGCAAGGCCAAAAAAGGACCUUACGCAUUUUUGUGGGACAUGGCCGUGGUGGAGUAUGCAGCACUGACAGAUGACGAUUGCACCAUCACUGUAUCCGGCAACAGCAUGAGCAGCAAAGGCUACGGCAUCGCCAUGCAACAUGGGAGUCCUUACCGAGACCUUAUCUCCCAAAAGAUUCUGGAGCUGCAGGAGAAAGGAGACCUGGAUGUAUUGAAACAGAAGUGGUGGCCUCGGACUGGUCGCUGCGACCUCAACAGCCACAGUAAUGCCCAACCGGAUGGUCGCUCGCUCAAGCUGCAUAGCUUCGCCGGCGUCUUCUGCAUCCUAGCAGCGGGGCUCCUGUUGGCCUGUCUGGUGGCCGCCCUGGAAAUGUGGUGGAACAGCAAUCGCUGCCGGCAAGAGCAGCCCAAAGAGGUUACUAAGGAUUACAGACUGGGAAGGGUUUCUGGUCCAUUGACAUAUAAUGAUAUUGCUACUGCUUCAUCGGAGGGGAGCAAGGACAUUUGGACAGACAGAGAAAGAGACUGGGAUGAAGCAGAAGCUAUUGACACAGGACAAGGAGGUGAACCUGGAACAGGUGCAUCGGCGUAUGAACAGUCUUAUGGACGAGGACAUGGCACACAAGCAGAUCCCCGCACCAUCUAUCGAGAUCUCUGCCCUGGACAUCGGCAGCAUGCCGCCCAGCCAGCAGCGGGAGGCUGUGCGAGACUACCCGGGCACGGGCCUGUCUGUGAGCACCUUCCUCCCGGAUCAAGCUCAUGGGGUGGGCCGGACGCUGGCCCAGGGUCCUGGCAGCACCCUACCCCUUCCUCUCAGCAGCUCCACCAUUCCAUCCAUCCAAUGCAAACACAGGGCUCCCAACGGGGGCCUGUUCCGACAGAGUCCCGCCAAGACGCCCAUGCCAAUGUCCUACCAGCCAGUACCAGGAGGACCCAUCCCAGAAGCUAUUGAGCAUAGUACGUCCAUAUAAGGCCAUCGUCACCAUGGGCUGCCUCAUACUUGCUUUUCAAAGGAAGAAAGCUGAGGUGCAGUUGGAGCUUGGGAAACUGUGGCGGUGUACAAAGAGUAAAAAAGAAAAAAAGUACGUAGAGAUUUUUAUUAUGAAAAAAAUGAAAACAUGAGAAAUCAUUUUUUCUUGUACAUAUUUGUAAAUGCUGAAAGAGCAAAGUAAGUAAAAGUGUAUUUUGAAUAUUCUCAAUUUUUGAAGUUGAGUUACAAAAACAAAUGAACAACAAAAAAAGGACAUAUAAACAUAAUUCAAAACGACUGUUUGAAUGGCUUUGUGAAUUUUGUUCUCUAUGGGUAAACACUCAAAUUCAUUGUGAUUGUUUUCUAAGUGCCGAAAUAAAAGAUGUCUCUCCACAUUUUGUUACUAGAUGACCAUACACGGCUGUAGGAACCCAAAAGCUGAGCGCUGAUAAUUAUGCACCCCUUUUAGUCAUAAACCUUCUUCAACCUGCAAACAGUGAGGCCGUUUUAAUUUUGCUUCAAUUUCUGGUUUUGGUUGUUGAUUACUAAUGAAGAUUUACGUGUUUGCAUCGAGUUGAUGUUGUUGCUGGGUUUACUGAUCAAGCAAAGGCUAACCAUUCAAAAUGUGAAAUAGUAUAGCAGUGACUUGUGCGGAAAUGUCAUCAUGGACAAACUAAAUCUUGGCAAUUAUAGCAACAGCACUAAAGAAAGCUUGGGUUUUAAGUUGAUUUCAGAUAAUUAAAUUUUGAGACCAUCAAUCCGUGAGCACAACCAGCCCAGAGAGAACAAUUAUAUUCCUAAAAUAUAACAGAACAGAAUCACAUCAAGGACAUUUAAAACCAGUUCAUGUUGUUGUUUGUGAAAGAGCUGUAUUAUCAUUGCUUUUCUGACAUUCUGGAAAAAAAAAAAAAAAAAUUCACAGACUAUAUAGACAAAAAAAACUUGUAUAUGAAAUGAUUUUCAUAAUUUACUUGUUUGUGAUCUUUUUUUUAAGGAGUUGCAAGGGGAAUAUGUGAUUGGUGUAAAUCAGGAGUCUCCAACCCUGCUCCUGGAGAGCUACCUUUCUGCAGACUUCAGGUCCAACCCUGCUCCAACACACCUGGCUGUAAUUUUUAAGUAACACUGAACAUCUUAAUUAGCUGGUUCAGAUGUGUUUGAUUGGGAUUGGAGCUGAACUCGGCAGUACGGUAGCUCUCCAGGAGCAGGGUUGGAGACCCCUGGUAUAAAUGAAGCCAUGUUAGUAUGCCCACAACUUGACAAACAUCUCUUGCAGGCAAUUCUAAAUACCCCAGCCACACAAAUGAAUUAUUUUUUACUGUACAAUUAAACUUUUACAUUUCUUUUUACAUGCUCUUUUUUCAAUCGUUUUUUGGGAGGUUCGGACCAAUUAUGAAUCUCAGUCGUGUUAUGUUUGUGACCUAAACCAGAACAACCUUAUACAUUUGCAUCUACCUGUGCGUAUUUUCCUGUUGUCAUUCCACAGACCCUCUGAAAUUUGAUGUUGUUCAAAUAACAAAGAAAAGGACAUUUGUCAGCGUGGAGCACAUAGACCAGUUUCCGAGAAGAUUUCACCCUGCACAUGCUUGUCAGUCAAAACUCAAGGUUGUAUCGUGUAUAUUUUGUACAAGUCCAAGUAGUUACUAAUGUGAACCAAAGUGAUAUAUUACACUGUGUAACACAACCUGUGGCUUUGAGAUGCCGACAGUGGUGGUAAGGAUGUGUAAUUUGUAGGGUUAAGUGUCUUCACUGCCUUACACUUGUGCCCCUUUGAUUUCAGAGAAAAACAUUCAAUAUUCCAUGAAAUAUAACAGUAUCAUAGCAUAGUCUGUAACAUUACAUCUAAGGGAGACUCUUAUUUUAUUUAUGAAUAUGCUGCUUGGAGUUUCUUAAUCUUUAAUAAAGAAAUAUGGUUUACAUUG